UCACAAGGGAUCGUAUUAUAUUCGAUGACCUCUCUGCCAAUCGACAGUUUGUAACAGCUUAGCGAUCGAUUCGAAACGUGUCCUCUAAGAGUCUCUCAUUGCCUGUCGCACGGUUCUUUUGUCUUCGUGAUUCUAAUAUCGGAGUGCAGUGUUUCUUCGGUAUUCACGAAAAUGAGUGAAAAAUUGCCAACGCCUUCCACGAAAUCCGUCGGUGUUCGGGAAUCGAAGAAUAUCGCAUCGAAAGAAGCUUGCAAGAAGAAGGAGCAAACACCGAAAACAAAGAAAGAGGAUGCCGAGAUGGUGAAGAAAGUAAAAGAAACGCACGAGGUGAAAAGUUCUCAAAAUAUCAUGUCUAAAAUUUUCUCCUUCAACAAACCUGAGGAUCCUGAAACUACAGAAAUAUCCAAGGCUAUGUCCGAAAUAUCUGUAUCCAAGCGUGAUGAUUCUGAAGCUAACGAGAUAUGCCACGUACUCAAGGACACAUCCAAAAUAUCCACCUCCACGAAAUUUGUGGCUUCUUUCUGCUAUCCGGAAAUAAGCCAAACGUCCACCUCCAAAAAAUCUGAUGAUUCUGAUAAAGCUAAAGAGGCAGGCGAAGUGCUCAAGGAUACGUCCACCUCUAUGAAACUUGAGGCUUCUGAAGUUUCAGAAAUAGACGAAACGCCCAAGAAUACGUCCGAAAUGUCCACCUCCGAAAAGCCUGAUACUUCUGAUAAAGCUAAAGAGGCAUGCCAAGUGCUCAAGGAUAUGUCCGAAGAUACGUCCACCUCUCCGGAACUUGAGGCUUCUAAAAUUCCGGAAGUAAGCCAAACGUCUAAGACUACGUCCGAAAUGCCCACCUCCGAAAAGUCUGAUGCUUCUGAUAAAGUUAAAGAAGUAUGCCAAAUGCUCAAGGAUAUGUCCGAAGAUACGUCCACUUCCAUGAAAGUCGAGGCUUCUAAAGUUCCGGAAGUAGGCGAAACACUCAAGAUUGCGUUUGAAAUGUUCACCUCCGAAAAGCCUGAUGCUUCUGAUAAAGCUGAAGAGGUGUGCCAAGUACUCAAAGAUACGUCCAAAGACACGUCCACCUCCACGAAACUUGAGGCUUCUAAAGUUCCGGAAGCAGGCGAAACACUCAAGACUGCGUCCGAAAUGUUCACCUUCAAAAAGUCUGGUGAUUCUGAUAAAGCUAAAGAUGUAUGCCAAGUGCUCAAGGAUAUUUCCGAAGAUACGUCCACCUCUGCGGAACUUGAGGCUUCUAAAACUCCGGAAGUAAGCCAAAUGCCUAAGACUACGUCCGAAAUGCCCACCUCCGAAAAGUCUGAUGCUUCUGAUAAAGUUAAAAAAGUAUGUCAAGUGCUCAAAGAUAUGUCCGAAGAUACGUCCACCUCUGCGGAACUUGAGGCUUCUAAAACUCCGGAAGUAAGCGAAACGCCUAAGACUACGUCCGAAAUGUCCACCUCCGAAAAGUCUGAUGCUUCUGAUAAAGCUAAAGAGGUAUGCCAAGUGCUCAAGGAUACGUCCAAAGAUACAUCCACCUCCACGAAACUUGAAGCUCCUAAAGUAAAUCAGACACUCAAAACCACAUCCGAAAUGUCCAUCUCCGAAAAAUCUGAUGCUUCUGAUAAAGCUAAAAAGGUAUGCCAAGUGCUCAAGGAUACGUCCAAAGAUACAUCCAUCUUCACGAAACUUGAAGCUCCUAAAGUUCCUGAAGCAAAUCAAACACCCAAGACCACAUCCGAAAUGUCCACCUCCAAAAAGUCUGGCGAAGCUAAAGAAAUAUGCCGCGUGCUCGAAGAUACGUCCAAAGAUACGUCCACCUCUACGAAACUUGAGGUUUCUAAAGUUCCGGAAGUAGACCAAACGCCCAAGACUACAUCCGAAAUGUCCACCUCUGAAAAGCCUGAUGCUUCUAACAAACCUAAAGGAAUAUUGCAAGUGAUCAUGGAGUCGUCCGGAAUAUUCAGCUCUAGGAAAUCUGAAGCUACUGAAGUUCCGAAAGUAGACCAAAUGCCCAAAACUACAUCCGAAAAAUCCACCUUGCAACUUGAGACUUCUAAAACUCCGGAAGAAAAUAUUUUCCAAAUGCCUUCGCUCGAAAAAAUCACCUCCCUCGUACCUCCGUCUUCUAAAAGUCAAGUUCCAGAAGGAUCUGAAGCUACAUCCAUCUCCACCAAUCUUGAAGAACCAAAUGUUCCUGAAGUAUGCAAAAAGCCGAAAAUUACGCCCGAAACUUCCACGUUAUACGAAGUUCCAGAAGUUUCAGAAUUACAAUCCGACUCUGCAUCCGAGUAUACUGCAAUUUGCAUUUCUAAAUCUAAGGAUGAGACAAAAUCCAUGGAAGAUGUGAAAGGUGACGAUUCAGAAAAUCUUUCUAAAAAAUUGGCAGAAUGUUCUCUUAAAACUGCGAAGGAUACUGAAGUUGACGAGGUUGGCAAGAUAGUAAUGAUACCCAUCGAACGAGGUAUGUUGAAUAUAUCACCUGGACAGAUGAAUAUGUUGCAACAUAAACGUUGGCCGCCCUUAUCAACGCCGAAUUUGAAGGAACGUCCUUUAGUCCUGGCAACGUAUCAUAUGGUGCCUUCACUGCCGAUCCAACUCUUCGAGGUACUCGCGGAAAUAAUCGAAUUUGUCACGAGAAAGCCAGUUGUCUUGUUACACGAGACCAGACUCAACCGACAAAUUCCAGAGUUCGUUGAUAUAGCUGUCAUGCCAGCGUACGAAAUUUGGAAAGAUGGUGCGCUCUUACCUGCAAGCUUCGUCUUCGAGCAUCGUCUAAAUAAAAAUAUGUCGCCCCAUGUGUACGCCGACAUACUCGUUCAAUCUCCAGUACCUACGUAUUGUAAAGAGAUUCUGAGUUAUCGAGGACAUAAAUGCAUUGUUACGCAAAGAAGAAGCCAAUUUACCGCCACUGGAACGCUCUUCAAACAUUUAUACGCAAAAGGCGAAAACCUUUUAUUUUUUAGCAAUUUAAUAGAAGCUAAGACGGAGCUCGAAGUACUGGAAAUGAUGGCCGACAGACGAGCGGAUUUAGCAAUUCUGGAAUCACCAGUGAUCAGAUGCAACAAGCACAAUGUACCCGGUGUGGAAUCUCUCAAUAUCUUUACUACUUUGGGACCUUUGCCGCCCUAUCGCAUUAUGAUCAAAAAAUCGCUAGAAGAUAAAAUAUCUGAACCGCUCACAAACUAUCUGCUGAAUAUAACCAAGAACAAGGACUGGCUAGACAGACUACUUCCCUUCGGCAUCAAAGGUUUUGCCAGGAACUCGACAAAUAACUAUAGACCUGAGAGAGUUCAUAUAUUGAAAAAUGUACCUUACUAUUAAAAUUAUUUUAGACUUCUGUCUUUUAGCAUUUUUGCUUCUGUUUUAAGCCGAUAUACAUAUAUACGCAUUCUUUUUUUUUUGUUUUAGUAUAACAUUCUUUAUUAAAUCUAAAUAAAUACAAUAAUUUGCAAAU